CACACAUACUUCGAACAAAAUGUAAUGAAUAGCCUUAACGAUAUAGGUUACAUAUAGAUAGUAUAAUGUUUUCACAUCCCUUCCAUAUGUAUGUUGCCAUAGUAAUAUUCGAAGUAUAAACAAUAAACGCGCUGUAUUUAAUUAUAUUCAUUACUGAUAGUCGAUACGUGUUAUCAAACGUAUCAUAAUUUAGAUUUCUCUAAUAUUUAUCUAAAUAUUAGAUUAUAUUAAUCUGUAAAUUAAUUAUUCAUUCAAUUUUAAUAGUUAAUCGUCAAUAAGAAUAAAUGAGUAUUUUAACUGCAAGGAAAUAUACGACGAUAAUAAUCGGACAAUAUUUAAUUUUAUUUUUCGAUAUUUGCGUUAAUUCUUUUGGAAGUUUCGCUAGGCAACAUCCAAUUAAUUUAUUAGUUCUUUAUGUCAUUCAAGAUUUUUGUCUUAUCGUAGCACUUACUGUACUUUUGGUUAACUUUUUCUCGACAUAUAUUUUUCAGGCAGGAUUAAUACAAUUGUUGUAUAUUCGAUUUCGUAUGACAUUAAUUGUCUGUAUUUUAUACUUGGUAUUAAGUAUCAUUUUACAUAUAUGGCAUAUUACAUUACAUUGGUCUAAUCCGUUAACACAUAACUGGACAAAAGGAUUUCAUGCCAUAUUUGCUGUGCAUAGAAUAGUUUCAGUUUUCUAUUAUUAUUUCUAUAAGAGAGCAGCUUUAAAAAUCGCAGACCCAAAAUUGUAUGAAGGAUCCAGUUGGGUAGAAAAACAGUUGAGUCUUUUAUGAAUAUUUAUUUUCUUAUAAGGGAAAAUUUUAAAAUUUUAAGGAACUUUAUAUUUAUAUAAAAUACAUAUGAAUGGCCUAAAUCAACGCAAACAUGUAAUUAAUAAAUAUUCAAUAUUAAAUGUGUAUUAUAUUAAAUAUAAUAUUAUCAAUAUUGAAUGAUAUAAAUAUCAGAAGAAUGUAUCAUUUGCUUUUAUUGCAUAAAUGUAUAUGUGUAUAAGAUGAACAAUGAUCAUGAUCUUUCAUUUUAUUUUUCAUCGUUUGAAACAAUGAUAAAGAUGAUUUGUAAUAAUUAUAAUAUUAGAUAAUGAUUCUGACUAUAAUUCACUUUUAUUUUAUUACUUAAAACAAAGCUCUAAAUUGUACUAAAAUAUUUUACAAUUUUGGUGAGGUAGUCUUUUAGUAACAGGUAAUAGUAGUUGAUCAUGCUUUUUUAGUGUUAAUAAUCAUAAGGUACAAAGGCUUGAAUAUCUUUUAAUGAAUGCAUUGAAUAUGCGUUUGACAAUUACAAUCUAAAAUUACUAUGAGAAAGAUAUAUUGUGCAUUUUCAAUUAAUAAUAAUAUAAGUAAAAAAAAACUGUAUAGAUUAGCAUAUAUAGAUUCUCCUUAUAGAUCAUAAUCAUUUUGGUAAUUUCUUAAAAUUUAUUUAUAAUUCUAAAACUAACUUAACUUUUUUAAUCAAAUAUUAAUCAAUUAUAAUACGAUUUAAUUAUGAUAUUAAAAUAAAUCAAUAGUUAUACUAUUUUGUAUUCAUUUAGUAAUAUGUAAUUUGAUUUAUGAUCAUUAAUUACGCUCGAUAGAAAAUAUCGAUCUUUUAUAUCUGUACGUAUUUUUUUGUUUUUGCUUACAUUCGUUACUUAAUGUAACUUAGGACAUAAAAUUUCUGAUUUUACUUGAUAUUUAUGUACAACAUAAAAAACAAUCAUCAAAUGUUUCCUUAUUUUUUUUGUUGUUUUUUUUUUUUUUUUUUUUUU